UGGUUCAGAGGUUGGCGUGCUGACGUAGUGCCCUGUUGUUCUACUUCCGGGUCACCGUACCAAUCGUGUGUGCUGCGUUUUCCGCCGUCGUAGUUGUUCGGUUUGUGGGUCCGCACGAUCAGGACGGAGGAGAGGAGGCGGAGAGUCAGCUUGAAACACCAUGGCUGGGGUGUUUCCAUAUAGGCCAGGGGUGCCCCCAAUGCCUGGUGGCCCCCCUCCCCUAGCACCCGAUUACAUGUCAGAAGAGAAGCUGCAGGAGAAAGCCCGGAAAUGGCAGCAGCUCCAGGCCAAACGUUAUGCAGAAAAAAGGAAAUUUGGCUUUGUGGAUGCUCAGAAAGAAGACAUGCCUCCUGAACAUGUUCGGAAAAUUAUCCGUGACCAUGGCGACAUGACCAACAGAAAAUUCCGGCACGAUAAGAGAGUCUAUCUUGGAGCUUUGAAGUACAUGCCUCAUGCGGUGCUAAAACUGCUGGAAAAUAUGCCCAUGCCAUGGGAGCAGAUUAGAGAUGUGCCAGUGCUGUAUCAUAUCACAGGAGCCAUUUCAUUUGUCAAUGAGAUUCCUUGGGUUAUUGAGCCUGUCUACAUAGCACAAUGGGGGUCAAUGUGGAUUAUGAUGAGGCGAGAAAAGAGAGACAGACGGCACUUCAAGAGAAUGAGGUUUCCUCCUUUUGAUGAUGAGGAGCCACCGCUGGAUUAUGCUGAUAACAUUCUUGAUGUGGAGCCCCUGGAAGCUAUUCAGCUAGAGCUGGACAAUGAGGAAGAUGCUUCAGUCAUAGACUGGUUCUAUGAUCACCAGCCACUAAGGGAUAACAGAAAAUUUGUCAAUGGUACAACAUACCAGCGCUGGCAGUUCACUCUUCCAAUGAUGUCUACACUGUACCGACUUGCCAAUCAGCUGCUCACAGAUCUAGUAGAUGACAACUACUUUUACCUAUUUGACUUAAAAGCCUUCUUUACAUCCAAGGCAUUAAAUAUGGCUAUUCCUGGUGGGCCCAAAUUUGAGCCUUUGGUUAGAGACAUUAACUUGCAGGAUGAAGACUGGAAUGAAUUCAAUGACAUCAAUAAGAUCAUUAUUCGCCAGCCAAUUCGCACAGAGUAUAAGAUUGCAUUCCCCUAUCUGUACAACAAUCUUCCUCAUCAUGUGCAUUUGACAUGGUACCACACUCCGAAUGUGGUUUUCAUUAAAACAGAGGAUCCUGACCUUCCAGCAUUUUACUUUGAUCCCCUGAUAAACCCUAUCUCACACAGGCACUCUGUAAAGAGCCAAGAGCCUUUACCAGAUGAUGAUGAAGAGUUUGAGCUGCCAGAAUAUGUCGAGCCAUUCCUCAAAGAAACACCUCUAUAUUCUGACAAUACAGCCAAUGGCAUUGCUUUACUUUGGGCUCCUCGUCCUUUCAAUCUCAGGUCUGGUAGAACCAGGCGGGCUGUUGACAUACCGCUUGUAAAGAAUUGGUAUCGUGAGCACUGUCCUGCAGGUCAGCCAGUUAAAGUUAGGGUGUCUUACCAAAAACUCCUGAAAUAUUAUGUUCUCAACGCUCUCAAACACAGGCCACCCAAAGCACAGAAGAAGAGAUAUCUCUUCCGUUCAUUCAAAGCCACAAAGUUCUUCCAGUCAACAAAACUAGACUGGGUGGAAGUUGGUCUGCAGGUCUGCCGACAGGGCUACAACAUGUUAAACCUUUUGAUACACAGAAAGAACCUUAAUUAUCUUCAUUUGGACUACAAUUUCAAUCUGAAACCUGUGAAAACACUCACCACAAAAGAACGUAAGAAGUCUCGGUUUGGCAAUGCGUUCCACUUGUGCCGAGAAGUUCUGCGUCUGACCAAACUGGUUGUGGACAGCCAUGUGCAGUACAGGUUGGGAAAUGUAGACGCUUUCCAGCUCUCAGAUGGUUUACAGUACAUCUUUGCCCAUGUUGGACAACUGACUGGAAUGUACAGAUACAAGUAUAAACUCAUGAGACAAAUCCGAAUGUGCAAAGACUUGAAGCAUCUCAUCUACUACAGGUUCAAUACAGGCCCUGUUGGUAAAGGACCUGGUUGUGGCUUUUGGGCAGCAGGCUGGAGAGUCUGGCUGUUCUUCAUGCGUGGUAUUACCCCAUUGCUGGAAAGAUGGCUUGGAAAUCUGCUGGCCAGACAAUUUGAAGGUCGUCAUUCCAAAGGGGUAGCAAAAACUGUGACAAAACAAAGAGUAGAGUCUCAUUUUGAUCUGGAACUCAGAGCGGCUGUCAUGCAUGAUAUCCUGGACAUGAUGCCAGAAGGCAUCAAACACAACAAGGCUAGGACCAUCUUGCAGCACUUGAGUGAAGCUUGGAGAUGCUGGAAAGCAAACAUUCCUUGGAAAGUUCCAGGUCUGCCUACACCUAUUGAGAAUAUGAUUCUGCGUUAUGUGAAGGCCAAAGCUGACUGGUGGACUAAUACUGCCCAUUACAACAGAGAGCGCAUUCGCCGUGGGGCAACUGUGGACAAAACAGUUUGCAAAAAGAACCUUGGCCGAUUGACACGGCUUUACCUAAAAGCAGAGCAAGAAAGGCAGCACAACUACCUAAAGGAUGGCCCAUACAUCACUGCAGAAGAGGCUGUAGCUGUGUACACCACCACAGUCCACUGGCUAGAGAGCAGGCGGUUUUCUCCUAUUCCAUUCCCCCCUCUCUCAUACAAGCAUGAUACCAAACUACUCAUCCUGGCCCUGGAGAGACUGAAGGAGGCAUACAGUGUGAAGUCCCGUCUAAAUCAAUCCCAGAGAGAAGAGUUGGGCUUAAUUGAACAGGCCUAUGACAAUCCUCAUGAAGCAUUGUCCAGGAUCAAGCGUCACUUACUCACUCAAAGAGCAUUCAAAGAGGUGGGGAUUGAAUUUAUGGAUCUUUAUAGCCACUUGGUUCCUGUUUAUGAUGUGGAGCCUCUUGAGAAGAUCACGGAUGCUUACCUGGAUCAGUAUCUCUGGUAUGAAGCUGACAAAAGACGGCUCUUCCCUCCUUGGAUCAAACCUGCAGACACAGAACCACCUCCAUUGCUGGUGUACAAAUGGUGCCAAGGUAUCAACAACCUGCAGGAUGUGUGGGACACCACUGAAGGAGAAUGCAAUGUGAUGUUGGAGUCACGGUUUGAAAAGAUGUAUGAAAAGAUUGACUUGACAUUGCUGAAUCGUUUGCUGCGUCUCAUUGUGGAUCACAAUAUUGCUGAUUACAUGACGGCAAAAAAUAACGUGGUGAUCAACUACAAAGACAUGAAUCACACAAACUCAUAUGGCAUAAUUCGUGGCUUGCAAUUUGCGUCUUUCAUUGUGCAAUACUAUGGGUUGGUGAUGGACCUGUUAGUUCUGGGUUUGCACAGAGCCAGUGAGAUGGCUGGUCCACCUCAGAUGCCAAAUGACUUCCUUAGCUUCCAAGAUGUGGCUACAGAAAGUGCUCAUCCUAUCCGCUUGUACUGCAGAUACAUUGAUCGUAUUCAUAUAUUUUUCCGAUUUUCUGCCGAUGAGGCCAGAGAUCUCAUUCAGAGAUACCUUACAGAGCAUCCUGAUCCCAACAACGAGAACAUUGUUGGCUACAAUAAUAAGAAAUGCUGGCCAAGAGAUGCAAGGAUGCGGCUCAUGAAGCAUGAUGUCAAUCUUGGUCGUGCUGUGUUCUGGGACAUUAAAAACCGCCUACCUCGUUCUGUCACAACUGUACAAUGGGAAAACAGCUUUGUGUCUGUGUACAGCAAAGACAAUCCCAAUCUGUUGUUCAAUAUGUGUGGCUUUGAAUGCCGAAUUCUCCCCAAGUGUCGUACAAGCUAUGAGGAAUUCACUCAUAAAGAUGGUGUCUGGAAUCUGCAGAAUGAGGUGACCAAAGAACGAACUGCCCAGUGUUUCUUGCGGGUGGAUGAUGAAUCUAUGCAGAGAUUCCAUAACAGAGUUCGUCAAAUUCUCAUGGCCUCAGGUUCAACCACAUUUACCAAGAUUGUGAACAAGUGGAACACUGCACUGAUUGGUCUCAUGACUUAUUUCCGUGAGGCUGUGGUAAAUACCCAGGAGUUGCUUGAUCUGCUGGUGAAAUGUGAGAACAAAAUUCAAACCAGAAUUAAGAUUGGUCUGAACUCCAAAAUGCCAAGUCGUUUCCCACCUGUGGUCUUCUACACACCCAAAGAGCUCGGUGGUUUAGGGAUGUUGUCUAUGGGGCAUGUGCUUAUCCCACAAUCUGACCUCAGGUGGUCAAAACAGACUGAUGUUGGAAUCACCCAUUUCCGCUCUGGUAUGAGUCAUGAAGAGGACCAGCUGAUUCCCAACUUGUAUCGCUACAUCCAGCCAUGGGAGAGUGAGUUUAUUGAUUCCCAAAGAGUUUGGGCUGAAUAUGCUCUGAAGAGACAGGAAGCUAUUGCUCAGAACAGACGACUUACCCUGGAAGACUUGGAGGAUUCAUGGGAUAGAGGUAUCCCACGUAUCAACACGCUCUUCCAGAAAGACAGACACACUUUGGCUUAUGACAAGGGCUGGAGAGUCCGUACAGAUUUCAAACAAUACCAGGUAUUGAAACAAAACCCCUUCUGGUGGACACAUCAAAGACAUGAUGGAAAACUUUGGAAUCUGAACAACUACCGUACAGACAUGAUCCAGGCCCUUGGAGGAGUGGAAGGCAUCCUGGAGCAUACAUUAUUCAAAGGCACUUACUUCCCUACAUGGGAGGGUCUCUUCUGGGAAAAAGCUAGUGGUUUUGAAGAGUCCAUGAAGUGGAAGAAACUGACCAAUGCUCAGCGGUCUGGUCUGAAUCAGAUCCCCAACAGAAGAUUUACUCUUUGGUGGUCGCCCACAAUCAACAGAGCCAAUGUAUAUGUUGGAUUCCAGGUGCAAUUGGAUUUGACUGGCAUUUUCAUGCAUGGCAAGAUUCCAACACUAAAGAUCUCACUGAUUCAGAUAUUCAGAGCCCACUUGUGGCAGAAGAUCCAUGAAAGCAUUGUCAUGGAUCUGUGUCAGGUGUUUGAUCAGGAGCUUGAUGCUCUGGAAAUUGAAACUGUCCAGAAAGAAACAAUCCACCCUAGGAAGUCUUAUAAGAUGAACUCAUCUUGUGCAGACAUUUUGCUCUUUGCUUCCUACAAGUGGAAUGUGUCCCGACCAUCUCUGCUUGCUGAUUCAAAGGAUGUCAUGGACAGCACCACAACACAGAAGUACUGGAUUGAUAUACAGUUGAGGUGGGGGGACUAUGAUUCUCAUGAUAUCGAGCGAUAUGCGAGAGCAAAGUUCUUGGACUACACUACUGAUAACAUGAGUAUUUACCCAUCACCCACUGGUGUCCUGAUUGCCAUAGACCUGGCCUAUAACCUCCAUAGUGCUUAUGGAAACUGGUUCCCUGGAGGGAAGCCUUUGAUACAGCAAGCAAUGGCCAAGAUUAUGAAAGCCAACCCUGCCUUAUAUGUGCUGCGUGAACGCAUCCGUAAGGGAUUGCAGUUGUAUUCUUCUGAGCCGACUGAGCCAUACUUGUCUUCCCAGAACUAUGGUGAACUCUUCUCCAAUCAGAUCAUCUGGUUUGUGGAUGAUACUAAUGUGUACAGAGUAACCAUUCAUAAGACCUUUGAAGGCAACUUGACAACAAAACCGAUCAAUGGAGCAAUUUUCAUAUUUAACCCAAGGACAGGGCAGCUUUUCCUAAAAAUUAUCCACACAUCGGUAUGGGCAGGACAAAAGCGAUUGGGUCAGUUGGCCAAAUGGAAAACUGCAGAAGAAGUUGCUGCUUUGAUUCGUUCCUUGCCUGUAGAGGAGCAGCCUAAACAGAUUAUUGUUACCAGAAAGGGCAUGUUGGAUCCUCUUGAGGUACAUUUAUUGGACUUCCCUAACAUUGUCAUCAAAGGAUCUGAGCUGCAGUUGCCUUUCCAGGCUUGUCUGAAAGUGGAGAAAUUUGGAGACCUGAUUUUGAAGGCCACAGAGCCACAAAUGGUUCUUUUCAAUCUCUAUGAUGAUUGGCUGAAGACUAUCUCAUCAUACACGGCAUUCUCUCGAUUGAUUCUGAUUCUCAGAGCCCUGCAUGUGAAUAAUGACCGUGCAAAGGUGAUCCUAAAGCCAGACAAGACUACCAUUACUGAGCCUCACCAUAUCUGGCCCACACUAACCGAUGAGGAAUGGAUUAAGGUGGAGGUUCAACUAAAGGAUCUGAUCUUGGCAGACUAUGGCAAGAAAAACAAUGUCAAUGUGGCAUCUUUAACACAGUCUGAAAUCAGAGAUAUCAUAUUGGGUAUGGAAAUAUCUGCCCCAUCACAACAGAGGCAACAGAUUGCAGAGAUUGAGAAGCAGACGAAAGAACAAUCUCAGCUCACCGCAACUCAGACUCGUACAGUCAACAAGCAUGGAGAUGAAAUCAUCACCUCCACUACCAGCAACUACGAGACCCAGACAUUUUCUUCUAAGACAGAGUGGCGUGUCAGAGCAAUAUCUGCUGCGAACCUCCACCUCCGAACCAACCACAUCUAUGUGUCAUCUGAUGAUAUCAAGGAGACUGGUUACACUUACAUCUUGCCCAAGAAUGUGUUGAAGAAAUUCAUCUGCAUUUCUGACCUGCGAGCUCAGAUUGCUGGCUAUCUCUAUGGGGUGAGCCCACCUGAUAACCCCCAAGUGAAGGAAAUCCGCUGCAUUGUCAUGGUGCCACAGUGGGGAACUCACCAGACUGUUCAUUUGCCGAGUCAGCUGCCUCAACAUGAGUAUCUUAAGGAAAUGGAGCCGUUAGGAUGGGUUCACACACAGCCAAAUGAGUCUCCUCAGCUGUCACCACAAGAUGUCACCACUCAUGCUAAAGUCAUGGCAGACAAUCCAGCCUGGGAUGGAGAGAAAACUAUAAUUAUAACAUGCAGCUUCACUCCUGGAUCCUGCACUCUAACAGCUUACAAACUUACACCCAGUGGGUAUGAGUGGGGGAGGCAGAAUACUGAUAAAGGGAACAACCCCAAAGGCUAUCUACCUUCUCACUAUGAAAGAGUGCAGAUGCUUCUGUCUGAUCGUUUCCUUGGUUUCUUCAUGGUACCAGCACAGGCAUCCUGGAACUACAACUUCAUGGGUGUGAGACACGAUCCCAACAUGAAGUAUGAACUACAGCUUGCUAACCCCAAGGAAUUUUACCAUGAAGUUCAUCGCCCCUCGCACUUCUUGAAUUUCGCCUUGUUGCAGGAAGGGGAGGUAUACUCUGCUGACCGUGAAGACCUGUACGCAUAGUCAGUACAUGAUAUACCUCAUAACUUGAUGGCUGUUGAUAUUCAACAUGGGACUUUUUAUGCACAUGCUCAGAAUUCUACACCUUCAGUUUCAGUCUUGCAGCUAUUUGUCUAUUUGCUUCUACAAUUGAGUCUUUGUUAUAUAGCUUGGCUGCAACUUUGUAGAAUGUGUAUGGACCCCUUAAUUGUCAAGACCUUAGGAAAUUGUUGUGAAAUGUAGU